GCGGAGGGAUUUGCGACCGGGCCUACCCUUUGCCCCUGACGCGAGCUGAGGCCGCGCGGGCUCGUGAGCAGCGGCCUGCUGCGCGCGCUGGGUGGGCGACGUUGGCGGACGGACGCGGGUGCCGCCGGAGUCGAAGCCAGAGCGGGAAUCCUUGCUGCUGAGGGGCCGCCGCGACUGCCGCGAGCCCUCGGACCGUCGCCAGGCCGAGCAGGGCGCCGCGCGGCGGAUUUGGCAACAUGACCCAGUUCCUACCACCCAAUCUGCUGGCCCUCUUUGCCCCCCGGGACCCUAUCCCAUACCUGCCCCCCCUGGAGAAGCUGCCGCAUGAGAAACACCACAAUCAGCCGUACUGUGGCAUCGCCCCUUAUAUCCGAGAGUUCGAGGACCCUCGAGAUGCCCCUCCCCCAACACGAGCAGAAACCCGGGAAGAGCGAAUGGAAAGAAAGAGACGGGAAAAGAUUGAGCGACGACAGCAGGAAGUAGAGACGGAGCUAAAAAUGUGGGACCCUCACAAUGAUCCCAAUGCUCAGGGUGAUGCCUUCAAGACUCUCUUUGUGGCUAGAGUGAACUACGACACAACAGAGUCGAAGCUCCGAAGAGAGUUUGAGGUGUAUGGACCCAUCAAAAGAAUCCACAUGGUCUACAGUAAGCGGUCAGGAAAGCCCCGGGGCUACGCCUUCAUCGAGUAUGAACACGAGCGAGACAUGCACUCUGCUUACAAGCACGCAGAUGGCAAGAAGAUUGAUGGCAGGAGGGUCCUCGUGGACGUGGAGCGGGGCCGCACUGUGAAGGGCUGGAGGCCACGACGGCUAGGAGGUGGCCUCGGUGGGACCAGGCGAGGUGGGGCAGACGUGAACAUUCGGCAUUCUGGCCGGGAUGAUACAUCCCGCUAUGAUGAGAGGCCGGGCCCGUCCCCACUUCCCCACAGGGAUCGGGACCGCGACCGCGAGCGGGAGCGUAGAGAACGGAGUCGUGAGCGAGACAAGGAGCGAGAACGGCGACGCUCCCGCUCUCGGGACCGGAGGCGACGUUCCCGGAGUCGUGACAAGGAGGAACGGCGACGCUCCAGAGAGAGAAGCAAGGACAAGGACCGGGAUCGCAAGCGUCGAAGCAGCAGGAGCAGGGAGCGGGCACGGCGUGAACGCGAGCGCAAGGAGGAGCUGCGAGGUGGUGGAGGUGGGGGUGAUAUGGCAGAGCCCUCCGAGGCCGGUGAUGUGCCUCCUGAUGAUGGGCCUCCUGGAGACCUGGGUCCUGAUGGCCCUGAUGGUCCAGAGGAGAAGGGCCGGGAUCGGGACCGCGAUCGACGUCGGAGCCACCGUAGCGAGCGGGACAGGCGUCGAGACCGCGAUCGGGACCGCGAUCGCGAGCAUAAGCGGGGGGAGCGGGGUGGUGAAAGGGGAAGGGAUGAGGCCCGAGGUGGGGGCGGCGGUGGCGGCCAGGACAACGGGCUGGAGGGUUUGGGCAACGAUGGCCGAGAUGUGUACAUAGAGUCAGAGGGCGGUGACGGGUAUUUGGCACCCGAGAACGGGUAUUUGAUGGAGGCCGCGCCUGAGUGAAGAAGCCUCCAGCUUGCUUGGGCUAGACGUGUUCCCACUCACCCCUUUUACUGUCAUUCCCUCACCCCCUUCGCCCCCCCCCCCCCCAACCAUCUC